AUGUCUAGCUUUGACCGUCAUCAUCGAACGACGAAACCCACUCUGUCGGCAGCAACAACGACAACACCACAAACGCGCAGAUACCCGGUGGUGAUAAACGUGUACGAUUUAAACGAUAUCAACGAGUACACGUACUCGUUCGGGUUAGGGAUAUUCCACUCGGGCGUCCACGUCCACGAGAAAGAGUGGUCGUUUGGACAGCACGAGUUUAACACGAGCGGGUGUUUUUAUUGCGCGCCGCGAGCGGUGCCACCACCGGCGAAGUUUCGAAUCUCGCAAUGCGUCGGGUUUACGAGGAAAAACGAACGCGAGGUGGAACGUAUCGUGCAAGUGUUAGGGGCGGAGGAGUUUUUGGGAACGAGGUACGACUUGCUGAGGAGGAACUGCAACCACUUCGUGGAGAGGCUGAUCGAAGAGCUGGUAGAUGAGAGUUUAGAGGAGAAUCGAGGGGUGAGUUUAAGCUUGUCGAGUUUGUUAUACGGUGGAGAAAGUAGCAGCAGUAGUCACGGUGAGAAGAGUAAGUGUCCGUCUUGGAUUAACCGGUUGGCGAGAGUCGCGUUGGUGACGAAUAGGUUCGCACCGUGCUUAUUACCGGUAACGAUUCGGCAAAUAGCGAAUGUUCCCGCUCCCGGGCAGUUUAGUACGAUGAAUAACAAUACGAGAAGGCGAUUGAACGGGCGGUGUUGA